AAGUGUAGACAAAAAGGUUUCGUUCAUGAGAAACUUGUACUGCGCCGUCAAUUAAGUGAAAAUUAUCAAGAGUUUCUAACAUAUUUAAAAAGGAAAAGAAUUUGCAUUUACAAAACUAUGGGUUCGCGAAACGAAAGCCGUAUUUAUGUGGGAAAUUUACCGCCGGACAUACGAACCAAAGAUAUACAGGAUUUAUUCCAUAAAUUUGGUAAAGUAACAUUUGUCGAUCUAAAAAACCGGCGUGGGCCGCCAUUUGCAUUUGUCGAAUUUGAGGAUGCAAGAGAUGCUGAUGAUGCUGUAAAGGCAAGAGACGGUUAUGAUUAUGAUGGCUAUCGACUAAGAGUGGAGUUUCCGCGGGGUGGCGGACGUAACGAGCAUCGAAAUAAUCGUGGCAAUGAGCGUGGUAAUCAGCGAGAAGGUGGUAGAGGCGGCGGUGGUCGUGGCCCGCCAACUAAACGUUCACAAUACCGUGUGCUAGUUACUGGUUUGCCAUCUUCAGGCUCAUGGCAGGAUUUAAAAGAUCAUAUGCGCGAAGCAGGCGAUGUAUGUUUUGCAGAUACUUAUAAAGAUGGUACAGGGGUUGUGGAAUUUUUGCGUCAUGAGGAUAUGAAAUACGCUAUUAAAAAGUUAGACGAUUCCAGAUUUAGAUCGCACGAGGGUGAAGUGGGUUACAUACGAGUCCGUGAGGAUUGCGGAGACGGUGAACGUGGUGGCAGCGGUGGCGGCCGUGGGGAUUUCGGUCGCGGGAGAUCUCGGUCGCGUUCUUUUUCACCACGUCCUCGAAGGCGUGGAACUCCUACAUAUUCACCAGUCCGUCGGCAAACGUUUUCAAGGUCACGUUCUCGUUCCAAUUUUUAAACUCAACCGAUACUAAAAACUUUUUAAACAUCAGUAUGCAAUCCCUACUUCUUCACACUUCUUCCUUGCCC